UCAACCUGAAUCCCAUUCCAAUUUCACUCUGGAUCCACUCCCAGACUGGCUCUAAACCCACACCAGACCUGCUCCUGAUUCUCACAACACAUUCCGCAUCCACUCCAGGCUCACUCUGGAUCCACUCCUGGACUCGGUCUGAUUCCACUGCGGAUUCACUCUGGAAUCACUCUGAUUCCAGAUUUACUGUGGAUCAGCUCCCACAGUCAGAUUCACGUGGAUCCACUCCUGGAUUCGCUCUGAUUCCACCGCAGAUUUACUGUGGAUCCACUCCAGGUUCACUCCCAGAGUCGCUCCGCUUCCACUCCAGGCUCACUGUGGAUCCACUUCCAGACUCUGGCCGGAUCCGCUCCGCUCCCUCUCUGGGAGUCAGUCCGAUCCCAGGUGGAUCCAGGGCGGUCUUUGUGCGUGUCUGUGGUGGGACGGUCCGGGGGCUGCUGCGGGUCCCGCACUCCUCCCGCAGUCCUGAGCUGUCAGUCGGUGCCCGGGGCGGGAGGCCGUGCACAGACCGAUCCCAGCUGACAGGUGCACCGUGAGGGAUCUCCGCCCGCCUGAGGGAGCGGCUGUCCCGCAGCUGAAGCCGGUGGAAAGUUUUAUCCCGGGAGCGGGCUCCGCACCAUGAACCUCCUGCUCUUUGUCGUCUGCGCCGUGGGUGGCAGCCUUGCCCAGCAGCCCGAUCCUGCCCAUGGCUGUUCUCAGGGAAGCUGCUACCCAGCGACAGGAGACCUGCUGGUGGGUCGAGAGGACAAACUGACGGCGUCCUCAACCUGCGGCCUGCGAAGACGGCAGCCGUACUGCAUCGUCAGUCACCUACAGGACGAGAAGAAGUGUUUCAUCUGUGACUCCCGCAAACCGUACGAUCGACUACGUAACCCCAACAGCCACAGGGUGCAGAAUGUGAUCACGGCCUUUGCCCAGUACCGCAAGGAGGCGUGGUGGCAGUCAGAGAACGGCCUGGAGAUUGUCCAUCUCCAACUGGACCUGGAGGCCGAGUUCCACUUCACCCACCUCAUCAUGACCUUCAAGACCUUCCGCCCAGCGGCCAUGCUGAUUGAGAGGUCAGCAGACUUUGGCAGGACCUGGCAGGUCUACCGGUACUUCAGCCACGACUGUGCUGCGGACUUCCCCCACGUCCAGCGGGGCCCGCUGAGGAGGGUGGAUGAGGUCAUCUGUGAAUCACGUUACUCUGACAUCGAGCCCUCCACUGAGGGCGAGGUGAUCUACAGAGUGCUGGACCCUGCCAUCCCAAUUCAAGAUCCCUACAGUCCUCAGAUCCAGAAUUUGUUGAAGAUUACCAACUUGAGGGUGAACUUCACCAAGCUACGCACACUGGGAGAUAACCUGCUGGACUCGCGCCACGAAAUUAAGGAGAAGUAUUACUACGCCAUGUACGAGCUGGUGGUGCGAGGGAAUUGCUUCUGCUACGGACACGCCAGCGAGUGUGCACCCAUUGCUGGCGUCCGAGGGGACAUUGAAGGAAUGGUUCACGGGAGGUGUGUGUGCAAUCACAACACCAACGGGUUAAACUGUGAGAAGUGUGCCGACUUCUACAACGAGCUGCCCUGGAGACCGGCAGAAGGGCGGAACACCAACGCCUGCAAACGCUGUAACUGCAACAACCACUCCACGCGGUGUCACUUUGACAUGGCGGUGUACCUCGCCACGGGGAACGUGAGCGGAGGCGUGUGCGACGACUGUCUCCACAACACGAUGGGCAGGAACUGCGAGCUGUGCAAACCCUUCUACUACCAAGACCCAUCACGGGACAUCCGAGACCCCAGAGUCUGCAUCCCCUGUGACUGUGACCCGGAUGGCUCGCUGAGCGGAGGAAUGUGUGACAGCCGAGAGGACCUGACCCUGGGGACGGUGGCCGGUCAGUGUCGGUGCAAGGAGCACGUGGAGGGUCCUCGGUGUGACCGCUGCAAGGCCGGAUACUUCGGACUCAGUGCGGAAAACCAGCAGGGCUGCCAGCCCUGUUGGUGUGACCCCCUUGGAACGGUGACCAGCGCCCUGCCCUGUGACCCCGUCACCGGCGACUGCUUCUGCAAGAGGUUGGUGACCGGCCGCAGCUGUAACCAGUGCCUGGUGGAGCACUGGGCACUGAGCCACGAUCCCAGCGGCUGUCGAGGCUGUGACUGUGACCUGGGUGGAGCUCUGGACAACCAGUGCUCGAUGGAGACGGGUCAGUGUCGGUGUCGGAACCACAUGGUGGGCCGUCAGUGCGCGCAGGUCCUGUCCGGAUACUUCCUCCCGGCCCUCGAUCACCUCACCUACGAGGCAGAACUCGCCCAGUUCGGCUCGGGCGUGACUGCCGUCCCUCGGGAACGUUCUGGCUACGUCCUGUCACCUGGACCGGCUCUGGAUUCGCCAAGGUCACCGGAGCGCGGCGUGCUGGAAUUUCAGAUCAACGACAUCCCGUAUUCCAUGGAGUACGACUUGGUGAUCCGCUACGAGCCACAGUUUCCGGAGGAGUGGGAGAAGGUGUCCAUUUCCAUUGGCCGUCCAGGACCGAUCCCCACCAGCAGUCCGUGUGGGAACACCAUCCCUGCUGAUGACCUGCUCGUCACCAGCUUGCCGUCCGGCUUCAGGUACGUGCUGCUCCCUCAGCCAGUCUGCCUCGAACGUGCUGUCAGUUACACCAUCCGGCUCGACUUCAAGCGUUACCAGUCACGGGAGCGCGUGCCCGGCGCCAACGUUCUGGUGGACUCUAUUGUGCUGGUUCCUCGCUACUCCUCCCUGGAGAUGUUCAUCGCUGGAGACACUGCCUCCAUCAGAAGGAAGGAGACCUUCGAGCGGUAUCGUUGCCACGACAACGGCAUCAGUGCGGUCACCCCGAUGGUGACCGAAAUCUGUGCCCAGCUGAUCGGCAGCCUGUCAGCUGUGGUCCACAACGGCGCUCUGCCAUGCCAGUGCGAUCCGCAGGGCUCCCUGAGCUCGGAGUGCCAACACCACGGUGGGCAGUGUCGCUGCAAGCCCAACGUGAUCGGUCGCCGUUGCCAGCAGUGCGCUCCUGGGACCUUUGGCUUCAGCCCAGCAGGCUGCAGGGCCUGCAGCUGUCGACCAGAGGGAUCCCUCUCGGCGUUCUGUGAGCCGGUGAGCGGACAGUGCCCGUGCCGGGCCGGAGCCUUCGGCACCCAGUGCAGCCACUGCCAGCCGGGUCACUGGGGCUUCCCCCACUGCCGGCCCUGCCAGUGCAACGGGCACAGCGACCAGUGCGAGCAGCAGACCGGGGCCUGUCUCAACUGCCGCAGCCACACCGCCGGCACCCACUGCGAGCGGUGUACCGAUGGUUACUAUGGGAACCCAGUGCUGGGCUCCGGAGGGCAGUGCCGACCUUGUCCGUGUCCAGGAGCGCCCGGCAGCGGCCUGAACUUCGCCAGCUCCUGUCACCAGGACAGCAGGACAAGGCAGGUGCUAUGUAACUGCAAGCCAGGAUACACAGGUUCCCGAUGUGGGGAGUGUGCACCCGGUUACUACGGAAACCCCUUGUCACCAGGCGGCAGGUGUGUACCCUGCCAGUGUCACGGCAACAUUGACGUCAGCGACCCCCAGUCGUGUGACCGGGAGACGGGCCGGUGCAUGAGGUGCCUGUACAACACCGAGGGGUGGCACUGUGAGCGCUGCAGGCUCGGCUACCAUGGCAAUGCCCUGCAACGGAGCUGCAGAAAGUGUAUGUGCAAUCACCUGGGCACUGCCCGUAACCAGUGCCCGUCCAGGGAAGAGUGUGAGUGUGAUCGGAACACCGGGCAGUGCCCUUGUCUGCCCAACGUCAUUGGACAGAACUGCGACCAUUGCGCUCCCAACUACUGGAACCUCGACAGCGGCUCGGGCUGUGUGCCCUGCAGAUGUGCCGGCGCCAACUCUUUCUCUUCCACUUGUAACGAGGUCGGCGGUCAGUGCCAGUGUCGCCCUGGGUUUGGAGGCCAGACUUGCACAGAUUGCCAGGAGGAUUACUGGGGUGAUCCCAACGUGCAGUGUCGAGUGUGUGACUGUGACCAGCGGGGAAUACAGAGCAGCCAGUGUGACCGUGCCAGCGGGCACUGUGUGUGCCGCCAGGGAGUGUCCGGGGUGCGUUGUGACAAGUGUGCCCGGGGCUUCUCAGGGCAGUUCCCGGACUGCCACCCAUGCCACCAGUGUUUCGGGGAUUGGGACCGCGUUGUGCAGGACCUGGCAGUGCAGACCAGACUCCUGGUGGAGAGAGCGGGUGAGAUCCAACUCUCCGGGGUCGCUGGCCUGUAUGAGAAGAACUUCCGGGACCUGGAGGACAAGCUGCUGCAGGCCCAGAGGAUCGUCAACGCCCGCAACACAACUGCAGUGGCCGUGGCAGAGCUGAUGAACCUGAUAAACGACCUCCGGGACAAGAUCUCUGGGACCACAGACACCCUGAAUGGGCUCGAAGAUGUUCUCACUGCUGUUCAGAACCAGAACAGUGGUGCCAGUGUGGAGCUGAGUAACCUGGAGCGUGAAGUUCGUGCUCUCAACCUUUCUGCCAAGGACCUGGCCCGGCAGCUUGACGUCCUGAAGCACUCCAACUUCCUGGGUGCUUACGACAGUAUUCACAACUCUUACCAUCAGUCGUGGCAGGCGGAGAGGAGGGUAAAUGGCUCCACCGUGACCAUCCCCAGUAUCGUCAGCGAGUCGUCAGGCACCCGCCGCAGGACAGAGCUGUUGAUGAGGGCCAAGAAGGAUGACUUCAACCGGAAGAAUGCCGCCAACAGACGGGCUCUCAAUGACCUGACUGCCAAAGUGCAGACCCUCAACCUGAAGAACAUCAAUGAAAAGGUGUGUGGUGCUCCUGGAGAUCUGCCUUGUCUGGACAGCCCGUGUGGGGGUGCUGGUUGCUACGAAGAUGACGGCACCAGGCGCUGCGGCGGUCUCAACUGCUAUGGUGCAGUGGCAGUAGCGGACACUUCCCUUGGUCGAGCUCAACAUUCAGAACAGGAGAUUCAGAAAGCAAUGAACGAGGUGGAGGAGCUGUUCCAGAAGGUUGCUCUGGCUAAGGUGAAAGCAAACGAAGCAAAGCAGAAAGCUCAGGGGACCCUGGACAAAGCAAACAAUGCCAGGGAACGGAUGAAUCGCUCGAACAAAGAGCUGCGUGACCUCAUCGAUCAAAUCCGAGACUUCCUCACACAGGAGGGUGCAGAUCCCGACAGCAUCGAGAAGGUGGCCAGCCAAGUCCUCGAGCUCUCAAUCCCUGCCUCCCCUCAGCAGAUUCGCCACCUCGCAGAGGAGAUCAAAGACAAGGUCAACAGUUUGUCCAAUGUGGAUGACAUCUUGGAUCAGACAGCUGAUGAUGUGAGAAGAGCAGGUCAACUCCUUCAGGAUGCAAGAAGGGCAUGGAGCCGUGCAGAAAAUGUGAAGAACACGGCAGAGGCGGUGAAGCAAGCCCUAGAGGAGGCUGGCCGAGGUCAGGACGCUGCACAAACCGCGAUCAGACAAGCGAAGGGAGACAUCGAGGAGAGUGACCAGACACUGAACAGGAUACGGAAUGAAACAGCGAGUGCAGAGAGGGAGCUGAUGGAGGCGAUGGACCGGCUGAUGCAGCUGGACAACGGAAUCAAUGCACUCAAAAUGAAGCGAGCCAACAACGCCCUGGUGGCAUCCCGGGCAGAAGAGACAGCCGCAAUGGCACGGGAUAAAGCCAACGAGGCCAGACAGAUGUUGGACGGUCUACUCACAGACAAGUAUAAAACAGUGCACGGUCUGAUAGACCGGAAGAGUGGUACGGUCUUCAAUGCUAAACACAAGGCAGAGAGUCUUCGGGACGAAGCCAAGGAGCUCCUGAGAGAUGCACAAGACAAACUGGAGAGGCUGAAUGAUCUUGAGGUUCAAUAUGAAGCAAACGAGCAGGUGUUGGAAGGAAAGGCGCGGCAACUGGAUGGUCUAGAGGAGAAGAUGAAAGAAAUUUUGAAAGCCAUUAACCAACAGAUUCAAAUCUAUAACACCUGCCAAUAAAUGAAAAUAAGGGUGUGUGUAACCAGGCCUUUAGGGAAUCCACAGUAUCACAAGUGCCCAGUGUUUAGAUGCAAUGUUUAUUCUGCAGAUCAACAAUGCCACAUCACCUUCUGGCUUUCCUUAACUGCAUGUUUCCCGCACCACCCGUCCGCCCCUCCCCCCCCCCCCCCACCCCCAUCUCUGGGAUCCCAACUAACUUGAAAAUACAGGGAAAUCAAGGAGUUAUGGGCCAAACGCAGGCGUGGGACUAGCUUGGAUGGUCAUCUUGAUCGGCAUAGACCAGUUGGGCCAAAGAGUGUUGUAUGUUCCAUGCUGUAUGACUCUAUAACCAUAACCUACUUAGUUCAGUUGUAAAACAAUGGAUCAGCCCUGUUAAAAUCCAGCUUCAGUGACACGUGAUGUUACAUGCAACAUGUGAAUGAAUCAUUAAAGUCAAUUUUUAUUCAAAUCCAAUAAUCCAAAAUUUUU